UCAUUUAUAUAACUGAAAUCAGUUUUAAGAGCUUACGUAUAAUAUUUUAUUUGAAAAUGGCAAAUGAUAUUAUAUUUUUUAGAGUUCUAUUAUUUUACAUCACAUUAAUCGUCUUAUGCAUUUUCAACACAUCAUCACAAAAAGUAAUAACAAAUCUUGGCUUAAACGAAGCUCAAAUGUGAAAUGUUUAUUUCUUUUAGGUGAGAUAUAUCGGGAAGCCCUAAAACCAGAUCAAGAUUGUGUGUGGAUGAAUGCAAAAUAUUGCAAAGCUAGUAAUGAAAGUAUUAUAACUCGUAAUUAUUAUCUUGAUAUAUGUAAACUUGUUGGCUUACAAACGAAAGUUUGUUGUCCGACUCCAAUGACGGCUAAUGAACUGGCAAUCAAAAAUAUAGAUGAAAAAUGUUUAGAAUUUUCUACAUUAGAAAAAAUUAAAUAUAACUUUAUGUUAAGAGAAAUCAGUUUAACUGAGGAGUUUAAAUUAUUGCAUCAUGAACGUGAAAAUCUAGAGGGUUACGUAGUAGGUGGUACGUUUGUCAAGCUCCAAGAGUUUCCACACAUGGUGCUAUUAGGUUAUGGUGCCACCCCGACAAAUGGAGAGGAUUUUAAAUGCGGAGGUUCGCUGAUAAGCAAAAGGUGGAUACUGACUGCUGCACACUGUCUAAAAAGUUCUGGGAAUGUGGCUCGUUGGGCUCGCCUUGGAGUUUUAAAAAGAGUCGUUGAUGAAACCAACGUAGAUCGGCCCAAUGACUAUGAAAUAGUUGAGCAUAUAAUACAUCCCGAUUACAAUCCACCUUCGCUGUACAACGAUAUAGCUUUAUUUCGUUUGGGGAGGAACGUCGUAUUUUCCGAUGAUGUGCGACCGAUUUGUCUUAACACUGAUCUGAAUUUAACUCCGCCAAAGCAAAUAGCUACUGGUUGGGGACGAAUUUCAACAGCUGGAGCACUUAGUGACUUUUUGUUAAAAGCGGAUUUGGAUAUUUUCUCGAUGAAACACUGCAACGAAAGUUAUUCCAAUGAUCCAAAAUUAAGAUUUGGAAUAUUACCUGACAGUAUGAUAUGUGCGGGUUCGUUUGAUGGCACAAAAGACACUUGCUUGGGUGAUUCGGGAGGUCCACUUCAAUUAGAACAUGCCAAAUACAGGGGCAUGUAUACACAAUACGGGAUUACAUCUUUUGGGAGAUUUUGUGCCGAUAAGGAUACACCCGGAAUUUAUACUAGAGUGGCCAAUUAUAUUCCAUGGAUCGAAAAAAUAGUAUUUUCAAAUGACUGAAGACGUGUAAUAAAGUGUAGUAAAUAAAUCGUUAUAAUUUCCUAUUUAAAUUUCUAAUCCGCUGAAUGAAUUACGAGAAAGUCUGAUAUACAGUUUGUGGUUUGUCAACAAUUGUACACAAUUAUAAAUUAUAACGCCUUAACUUUUAACUUGA